CACUUUAAGACCCCUCAGUGGUUCACCAAAGCUCUAUUUCACGAGAAAAAGUUAAAUAUUACAAACAUUUGAUUGGAUGGCUUUCUUAGUUAAGAUAUUUCAUCCUGCUUAUGUUUCCCAGAGAUUUAUUGAAGAUAUUUUACAUGUGAGCAAACUCCCAAAAUUAAUUAAAGGUUUCCUAGUAUUUAAAUUUUCAACACGCUACUGAAUUUUAUCAAUAAUAACAUUUUGGAUCAGCUAGUGAUUGUCGACUAACGAUAUCUCGACUUAUAGUUCACUAGGGUAGAUAUGGAACAUAAGCUCUUGUUCCUCAUUUCAAAAAGAGAAACAUUGCAUUCUCAUCUCAAAACAGAGUUUGUAAACUUUAUUCAAAUAUGUUAUCUCUCUUAGAUGAACCUCUUGUGAUUGCUAUCUGCACAGGAAGUCUGACUCUAAUAUGUCCAAGUUACUAUCUUAGAAAAACAAGGUAAUUCACCUAUUUUGAAGUGUUAAUCUUAGCAAAUGAUCUAAAGGGAAAUCUGUCAGUUUCGGUAAGUGCACCAAUCUCGCUAGUUAGGAAAAUUAUUGAAAACCUGUGAAGAAAGGGCUUAUUUGCAUACCUCUAGGCUCUCCAAAACAGAUUGAACUACCACCAACACCUUUCUGAUA